UAUAAACACUUGCAUUUCAACACGUCACAAGACCAAGUCCAGUUGAGGAAUUCAUCAAUACAUCAUCAACACAUCAGACCCCAGACUCUAGCCAGAAAUAUUCCAGCAGUUGCCAGAUCAAAUGUCUCCUAAACUUUUUAUUCUCUGCCUUAUGGCAAUGCUGGUCAAAAAUUCUAUUCCAGAGAACAGUUACACUUGUCAUCUACAAAAGAUUGUAGGGCCGUGUAGGGCAAAACUACCCAGAUACUACUAUAAUAUGGAAUCGGGCCGCUGCGAAAAAUUUCAUUACGGCGGCUGUGGAGGGAAUGGAAAUAAUUUCAGAAACAGGAAGCAGUGCGAGUUUGUCUGUGAAUCCAUCGACCCUAUCUGCUCGCUUCCACCGGACGAAGGAGAAUGUGAAGCCAGUUUUGAGGCUUAUUACUAUGACGAGGAAUCCAGAAAGUGCAAGCAAUUUAUCUACGGCGGCUGUGACGGAAAUGAGAAUAGGUUUGACAGCAAACAAGAAUGCGAAGAAUUCUGCGUCAGGACAAACAAAAUUUGAUUGAGCUUGAUUUGGAAAAUCACACAACUGAAACUAAUGUACUAAUAAAUUAAUCAAAGAAACAAUAUGUGAAAUUUUAUUGUAUUCAUAUUUUUAUAGAAAUAUUAUCUUAUUUUAACUACUUUAAAAAUGCAUCAAUUAAUUUUAAAAAUAGGCAUCAAAACCACCAGGUAGCCUUCCAUAAACUAGACUAGUCCCUUGCAUAUUGCUAUACCGAGAUUUUAUUCUUCAAACAACUCUUCAGAGAGGCAUACAUCUGAACAACGAUACCACGCGACUUACACAACACAUUAAUGCAGCGCAUCAAAACAUGAACAGGAAAUUGUCGUUUUUUUCAGUCUAAUAUAAUAAUGCAGGACAACACAACGUAUAUCACAGUGCCAUGGAUUUGACAAUACUAGGUCUGAUAAUAAACAAAAUUAGAGAGUUAAAUUAAUAGAUAUAA